AGGUUUCGGAGCGAUCACGUGUCUUUCCCGGCUCUCCUCCUCCCCCUCCUCCUCCCAGCUGCGGAGCAAGCCAAGCAGCUGGCUGGGAGGGCUUCCACCAGCGUCCAGCGACUGCCGCAGCGCAGCUGGGAAGAAAAGGGGAAGGGACAGGCCGCCAGCUCUGGAUCGAUCGCCGAGUUCAAGCACCACCUCAGAGGGGGCGAUGGAUACCCUUUCCUACUUGUGAGGCACGCGGCGCGCUGGCGCCUUUGGAAGUGCCGCGAAGCCAGCAUGUGGACUGGCCAGGCCCAUAUUGAGGAAGCCAGGCCACAGCUCCAAAAGCAACUAGUGGUGAGUCAGUGGAAGCCUCUUGCAACAACUAACAGAGGACAAGAGUUACAGCCUCCAGAGCCUUCUGUCAAGAGCCUGGCUGGUGGGGAUGAGAACCAGUCAGUGGCACAACUGAACGUCUCCCGCUUGCGCAGCUCCUCGGUAGAAAUCCGUGAGAAGGGCUCUGAGUUCCUGAAGGAGGAGCUCCAUAGAGCUCAGAAGGAAUUAAAGUUGAAAGAUGAAGAAUGUGAGAGACUUUCCAAAGUCAGGGAGCAGCUGGAACAGGAACUGGAAGAGCUGACAGCAAGCUUAUUUGAGGAAGCCCACAAGAUGGUCCGGGAGGCAAACACCAAGCAAGCAGCAUCAGAGAAGCAACUGAGGGAGGCCAAAGGGAAGAUUGACAUGUUGCAAGCAGAGGUGACAGCCUUGAAGACGCUAGUGAUAACGUCAACUCCUUCCUCGCCAAAUCGGGAGUUGCACCCACAGCUUCAGAGCCCUGCCAAAACAGCCUUCAGAAAGGGACAUGGACGCAACAAAAGCACCAGCAGCACCGGGGCAAUCACAGUUGCUGGCCAAAGCGCACCCCAGGAAUCAGUCAACAGCGAAUUCAAAGAGUCUGGGGUACCCACUCUCCUCUCCCUGCUGCUCUGUAUCGUCCCUGCGAAGGCGAUCCACAUCACCUAUGAGCCAGGCUGGCGGUUCCCGGCAGCAGACUCUCCUUUCUCCUCUCCUCUCUCGCGGCAGGUGGAUUCCAUCUUGUUUGCAGAAUUUCAGGCUUGGAAGGAGUCUCCAACAUUGGAUAAAUCGUGUCCUUUUCUCAAGAGGAUUUAUCAUGAAGAUGUAGGCCCUUGCCUGGACUUUACCAAGCAUGAACUUUCAGAGCUGAUUCAGGCAGCUGUGGAGCAGAACACCCUUACCAUUGAGCCAGCGGCUAUCCAGGCAUUGCCUGUAGUGAAGGUGUCAGCCAUUGAAUGCGGUGGACCAAAUGGGUUCCGGUCCCAAAUUAUAACGAAAUGCGCUCUGAGUGGCCUGUCCCGAGCCUGCAAGCAUCGCAUCAAACUGGGGGAUUCUGGGAAUUACUACUACAUUUCCCCUUCUUGCAGGGCCAGGAUUACAGCCGUAUGCAACUUCUUCACUUAUAUUCGGUACAUCCAGCAGGGACUGGUGAGACAAGAUGUGGAAUUGAUGUAUUGGGAAGUCACGAGGCUUCGGAAGGAAAUGUCCAUUGCUAAAUUGGGCUUCUAUCUCAGCGAGAUGUAAAUGGAAGAUGAUGAUCAGGAAGGAUUUUUGCCUUCAGUUAUUCUCUGGACACCCAGAAAAUCGAUGACAGAAUGUCUGCUCAUACUCAAGAUGGCGCAAUAUUAAUUGAAAAUGUAAGAAGCACAGGUUUUCCUUGUUGAGUGGCAGUCUCAGUUUCCUGAGAGCACCUACUCCGGGCAUUUUUACCGAGUGAAUAUGAGCUCUCUGGCACUAUGGAGUGAGGCCAUGUUGGGACUCCUGCCUUUUUUCUAUGCAUUUCUCCUCAGCCAGUAUAUAAUAGUCUACUUAAAAGCCACUAUAUAUACACACAUAUAUAAAUAUAUAAAAAAUAUUCCUGAGGCUUUGGCUGCACCUUGGGCUCAUUACCUGCUUGCCACUCUGAAAUCUAAAUGCUGUUGGUCAUUGCUGCAUAAUGGAUAGAUAGAUAAACUGCUGCUCCUGCUUUCCAAAGGCAUGCACCUAUUGAAAACAGCCUUCCUUGAGAGCUGCAAGGUGCAGAUUCCUCCAGUAUUUCUUAGGAGCUUGAAAGAGAUAACUGGGAAUGGUUUUGCUUUUGAUUCUGAUUGUAGCUCAGGGUUUUCCUUUGAGGGAUCCACGGACCCUUUGACAAACUCAGCAGGCUGAUAUUAAAGCCACUCCUGAUCAAAACCCCAGUCGUGAUGGAAGGAUGGGGAAAUGACCUAAUGGAUAGCCAUUCAUGACUAAUAGACUUCUUUUUUAUGCCAUGGACAUUCUAGAACAAGCUCUUUCCACCUGAAAUCAUUUCUCCCAAGGCUUCUCCAACUUUUUGCAUUCAACAUACUAGUCAUGAAUCCAUUGCCAUAAUCUUCCUUAGCCCACAUUUCUGCUGUACUCCUGGUUCUCAUUUAGAGGCUUGCAUCUGGAUAAGUAUUUUCUAAACUCAAGCUUCUCCCCCCCCCUCCCAUUUUAUUCACCUCCAAAGAUUGACCUCAGAGAUUGAAUUUUCUAGCAAGUUAUUAGAAGUUACACACAUUCUGCCAUUUUUAAAAAGUGGGGGCUAUUUGGAUUUAACUAGCGAGACUUCAGUUUUGAUGCUACAGCAUUGAUGAGGAUCUCUCUUUUUAUUGUAUAUUAGCGUAGAAUAAAAGCUGAUGAUGAAUUUUUAAAUCAAAGAUCUAGAUGAUCUGUUGGGUGUUAAUAAAAAUGCUUCUCACUUUCUCUGGUUAAAGAAAGGACUAGCUUUUCCUUUUGGAUAAUACUUCGAGACUUCUGAGAUGAGAACAACUGAUACAGGCUUUCUAGAAGACAUAAUUUCCCUUGGUAGCCAUUCCCUCCUACUUUUAGACCAAGUGGUUUAGUUGGUGGUUACUCAUUGUGAAAGGCAUCUGCUAUCUCAGCUUCCAUCCAUGAAUAGUGACAAUGAAAAUCAGGUUUUGUUGGUAAUCCAUGAAUUCACAAAGCCUCUACAACCAGAAUCUCCUGCUUGGGGAAUUAGCAGAUCAAUUCAGUUUGUGUUACUGAGAGAGUGUUCCAUUGGUUCCAUUGGGUAUGUAUUCCUGGUUGGCAGCAGAUUUUUACAUACAUUGUGGCUUCCUUUUGUCUCCUUAUGAUUGCACCCGCAUCAUGGAUCUGUGUGGACUUUACCAGAUUUUCAACUCUACCAUCACAAGAGGAGGAAGCCAGAACAUGACACAGUGGCUAGAUUUUAUCAACUGAUCAUUAGUGGGGUUGUUAGAAUUAUGUUCUGAAUACAGUUUGAAGCCACAUCUGACAGAGUUGCCUGUAAUCGCUGAAUUGGACCCUACCAUUUCUAUUCUUGGGGAAGCAAUGUUUUCUUCAGUUUGCCUUGAAAUUAAUAGCUUGACUUCACUAAUACGUUGUGUUUAUGAGCAACAGAGCAAGCAUUCUUUGGGGUGUUACUGGAAGUUAUUGACUUGGGAGUGUUUGAUAGUGUUGCAUAUCAAAACAUUAUUUUCUUGACCUACACUACUUUGUUGUUCACUAUCCCCUGGCUACUAUCCUAAUCAUUUAUAGUACCACUUGAGGGAUAAAGAUUGUAUACACUCAUACAGCUUAGAUAGAACCUCUUCUCUUGAAGGAUGUAUUUGGGAAAUAUGCUAUUGAAAUUAUGCAAUCAGGAGAACAAGUAAUAAUACACAUUUUUCCUGCUAUAAGAUUUCUGUGCAUCAUAGGACAGCUGCACCCAGAUGGACAAAUUAGCCAGGAUUUUAGAAUUGCUUUUUUUACAGCAAAGAUUGCUGCCUUUUUCAUCUCGCCUCUCAGAUACCUAAAAUGAUGACCUGAACUGUAUGAGUGUAUGAAGAACAAUCUUUUGGGCCAGAGAGGCAGUUAGUCAUAUAGGAUCUUGCAAAGACUUCAGAAUAAAAUUGGCAAAGGAUCUAUUUAUACUCAGUGGUGAGCAUGUAUCUGAUUGCUUCUCUGUUGAACAACCAGAAGUGAAAUUGUUUCUAGCAACAUUUGCUUUGAGAAUAUUGACUUCUGCAACUUCCCCUACAAAGUGGUACAAAAAUUGGCCUAUUAAGCAUGUGCCCCAGAGCAAUCUGGUGACUAUUCAGUCACCUUUUCCCAGCCUGGUGGCCUCCUGAUGUGUUAACUUAGAACUCUAGUCCAGCUCAUCUGGAAGACAGCACAAUGGUGGAGGGUACACUAAGGCACUGUGGUAAGGAAGCAAAUGAUUAAUGGUGGUGGAGGACAACUGAAGGGUUCCUUGUAGAGAUGGUGACUGCCUUAUGAGAAAGUCCAGUUUGUUUAUUGAAAGGGGAUUUAGCAUUGUUUUGAGUACAUAAUGAACUGUUGUGAAGAAAGGUAUCCUCUGAAAUUUCAUUUGCAAAAAGUAUUUAUCAUGCCAAAUUCACUGCAAAGACCUCCAGUUUUUUUCAUGCUGGCUAUAGGUUUUGUACUGUCAUUAUAUACUUAUCAAUAUCUGGUCCUAUAAGAGAUGAAGGAAAUGAUUAGAUCAAGAUGGCUUGACUAGCUGCCAGUUUUCCCAAAUUACAAGAAUUGGUUGCCUGAAAAGAAAAAAAACAAUAUAUAUUACAGGCAGCUUUGUAUCUUUUCUCCUGGUUGCAUUAUUAUCUCUUUGUUACUUCUGUGUUCCUAUUCUAAUAACAUAUGCUGAUUUCUAUUUAAUAAAUAGACUCCAGUGUUGACAUGAAGCUGGUUCUUAUUGCCAUUGGACUGAUUUCUUUUGAAGUCUUGCAUGUAUUCCAGUGACAAAAUAAACAAGGCAUUACAAGCAGUA